AUUUUCUCCGCUUACUAUAAGUAUUUACAAUAGGAUAAUUGAAUGUGAUCACAGCAUUUUCUUUUUUUGAUCAAUCCUCCUUUUCUAGCAAUUAUGAGUAGAUCCAAGAGAUAUAAUAAGAUAUUGAACAUAAUUGUCAACAUCAAUGAAGAUCGUUCUGAGGACACCUCCAAAGAAGAUCAGUAUGAAUUAGGCCAAAGCGAAGCUGCCAGUGAAAGUUCUGAAUACAUGGAAAGUGGAGAGAUAGAAGAAUCUUUGGAUAGUGAAGAAGAAAACUUCUUGAAAGUAUGUCAUAACAAGAAAAGGAUGCGUAUUCUUCCUAGUUCUGACUCCGAGGAUGAGAGGACGUGCAUUCCAAGCACAUCCCGAAAUGUAACGGGUGAAAUUGAAAUUGCAAUUGACGGGACACAGUGGAUAAAACUGAAAGCAGGCGGAUCCAGGGGUAGGACGCCCGUUCGUAUGAUAUUCAAGGAUAUCGCAGAGUCUACUGGCUAUUCUAAGAGAAAUAUUAUGUUGGGUUGUGUAACUAGUGCUUUCCAAUUGAUAAUUGACAGACACAUAAUAGAACACACAAAAGAUUGCAUUGAGACCGAGGUGUAUCGUAUUUUGAGAAAAGACUGGAUAAUCACAGUUGCUGAGUUACGUAGUUUUCUAGGAAUUCUAUAUGUCCGGGGAGCAUAGAGCGUUGUUCCAGUGCCCUAGGUGGAUUUACAAGAGGACUGAAUUUGAAAACUAUGUUGGCAUGCCACUUACGGUGGAAAAUUUGAUAGAGACAGUAAUCAGGAAAGAGAAUAACUGGACUAGGUUCCAAGCGUUUUCCAGGAAAAUCAUGCAAGAAAGACGAGUACAAGAGAGGAUUGUGGGAAGGAGGAAAAGACGAGCUAGUAGACUGAAUUGAGAAGAUUGAACUAUUGAGGAGUACACACUAAGACCAACGCUGAAGUAAUGUCGAAAGGCGGUUCCGGCGUUGGAUCCUGUACCAUAAGAGGACCGGAUAGAGGAGUUUCUAGUGGGUAUAGCGAUUCCAUCCGCCGAGUCCAACAUAUUCAGUUACUGGGUAUGCGUAAUAGCAUUUUCCUCUCCUCGAGGAAAAAAAAAGGUUUACGCAAUAUAUGCCGAAUAAGCCUCAUAAAUUGGGCAUUAAGUUUUCGUUAGCAAUUGACGUCCAAACAAAAUAUAUUUUGAAUGGUUUCCCUUAUAUGGGGAAAAAUGAAACUCGAUGCUCGAGGGAAAAGAGGACAAGAUGACAUUGUUUUCCUCAUAUUUAUAUAAAUUAGAAAACUACACGCUUACUAUGUAUAAAAGUAAA